AUGGCAGUAUGGCACACCCAGCAGGCACAGGCCCAGCAGUGGGCCGCCAUGGAUAUCCAGCAGCAGCAGCAUCGGACCCAGCAGGGUUUGGAUGAGGAGAUGGCCCAGGCCAAAUGCAUGCAGUGGCAGGACCAAUCGCGUGUUAUUCAUGCGGUAUGCCCCAAUCCAUAUGCCAUGGGUGGGAGCCAGGCCACGCAUGCAAUUACCUGCGGGUUUUUGAUCCCCAUGGUGGCCAUGAUUGUUAUUCAGGCCAAUGGCAAGGGCCAGAUCAGAGCCGCAUAUGGCAGCGGCUGGUUGCAGGAGAAAUGGGGUUGA